AUGUCCGCUCAACCUAAUCAAAAGAAAGAGUACAAGCGUGUUUCGCGCGAUGAAGUCGCCAAGCACAACAAACCCGACGAUCUCUGGAUCAUUGUCGACAGUUACGUGUACGACCUGAGCGACUUUAUUGAUGUCCACCCGGGUGGCGAGGCUGUUCUGCAACAGCCUGACAUUGCGGGCCAAGAUGCAACAGAGACGUUUUUUGGUCUGCACAAUGUUGCCAUCCUGCAACGCCCGGGCACGCAGAAGAUGAUUGUUGGGCAGAUCGAGGGCGAAGAGUCGGAGGUGCGCUACCCUCAGGCCGGUGAGCUUUCGCAAGUCCCAUAUGCAGAGCCUACCUGGCUGCUGCCCAAGUACAAGUCGCCGUACUACAACGAGUCGCACCGCCGCCUCCAGAGAGAGAUGCGGACUUUGGUCGACAAGUACGUCACGCCCGAGGCGCAGGUUCGCGAGGCGGACGGCAAGCGUCCCGACCCCAAGCUUGUGCAAAUGUUUGGCAAGCUUGGCCUGAACGCUAUGCGCCUGGGCCCUGGUAAACACCUCCAUGGCCGCAAACUAUUUGCCGAUAUCAAGCCCGAAGAGUUUGACUACUUCCACGAGAUGAUUAUUACUCAAGAGCUUACUCGCUGUGGCUACCGUGGAUUCAUGGAUGGAUUUAAUGGUGGUAUGGUCAUUGGACUGCCGCCUAUUCUCAACUUUGGCUCUGACGAUUUGAAGAAGGAGAUUGUCGAGCCCGUUUUGGCCGGCGAAAAGUUUAUUUCGCUUGCAAUUACUGAAGCGUUUGCCGGUAGCGAUGUUAUGGGCUUGAAGACGUACGCAAAGAAGACCGAAGACGGCGAGCAUUACAUUGUCAACGGCACCAAGAAGUGGAUUACCAACGGCCACUUUGCCGACUACUUUACUACCGCCGUGCGCACGGACGAGGGCUUUGGUGUCAUUUUGAUCCCGCGUGCUCUUGGCGUGGAAACGCGACAGUUGCACACGUCCUAUUCUACCUCUGCAGGCACUGCAUUUGUCAUGUUCAACAAUAUCAAGGUGCCUAGCCGCUACUUGGUCGGCGUUGACGGCAUGGGUAUUCCGAUUGUCCUUUCCAACUUUAACCAUGAACGCUGGGUUAUGUGCUGUGGUGUUUCCCGUGGCUCCCGCGCUGUAUGCGAGGUGCUGUUUAAAUGGAUGAUGCAGCGCAAGGUAUUCGGCAAGCCGCUGUCGAACCAGGCUGUUGUGCGUCAAAAGCUUGGAUUCCUGUUUGCACAGAACGAGGCUUGCCAGGCUUAUUUGGAGAACAUUACGUAUCAGAUGAACAACAUGGACUACAAGGAUCAGGCCAAGCACCUUGCUGGUCAGAUUGCAUUGAUGAAGGCGUGGAUGACGCGUGUUUCGCACGAAGUGGCAGACAAUGGUGUACAAAUUAUGGGUGGCCGUGGUCUUACUAAGACGGGGUUGGGUGCGCCGAUUGAGAUGUACAACCGCACGUACAAGUUUGAUGCUAUUCUCGGAGGCACCGAAGAGAUCAUGGCUGACCUUGGUGUUAGACAGGCGAUCCGUGCCUUCCCCAAGGACGCUCGUCUUUAG